AUGGCGGGCUGGGAUCGUGGCGCCCCAUCACAGGUGGUGCAGAACUCCCUGCAGUCGCGCUUGGAUGCGAAGGAUACGCCCAAGUGGGUCUGCGAAUGCGGUUCGCCCAACUUAGCUGGCUGGAGUCACUGCACUAAGUGCGGCCGGCCUCCACGGCAGGACCGCGAGCUUCGAAUGCAAGCACGCGCCAUCCAAGGCCUUGGUCGUGGCGGAGGCUACUUUGAACGGACGGUCACAGAGUCGCGAAGUUCAGAAGAUUUGCAGAAGGUCAAAGGUGGGCUGGACAUCUAUGGCCGUACUCGUACCAAGUCUAUGGGAGGAGGGAGUGAAAGUGCUUCCCCAGCAGCUGAGCGACGAAAAGAGGCAGCUGCAAAUGAAGCGAAGGAAGCCAAGGAAGCCAAGGAAGCAAAGGAAGCAAAGGGGGAUACAAAAGCGGACCGACAGAAGGCGGCGCUCGAGAGACUCCGGAACAUCAAAAAGAAGCGUGAUGAGUUGUCACCACCUCGCACCCGGGUGUACCGAGAAAAAUCCUCACGAAGCCGGAGUUUGGAACGACGGAGGGAGUCCAGGACCUGGAGAGGAAACUGA